CUGAGAAACAAAACUAACAGAGUUUGGGUUCAGCUCACAGCUUCUCUGGGUGAGAAACCCUCCCAGCCCGGUGCAGGGAGCAAUGGCUGUGCAGGGAAGUAUGUUGGACUACAGUGAAAACUGCCACCCUAAACCCAGGCGAGACUGGAAGGUCUAUGGGCUGGUGGUCGCGCUGCUGGCUGUGGUGCUGCUGGCUGCAGCCCUGCCCUCCUAUAUGUGGCUGGUGGCCACCAAACCCGAGCAAGAAACAGGGCUGGGGAUGGGAACAGGGAAGGUGGCCGGUUUGGAGGGGCUGACACGGCUGCUGGGGAUGCAGCAGCAGCUGCGGGUGCAGGUGGCUGCAUUGGAGCAAGCGUUGCUUGCCACCAACCAGACUCUCACCACCAUGGUGGAUAUCACCAACCCGUCCCUCGCUGAGAUGCUCAAGAAGUGGGAUGACUGCAGGAGUCAAUUGGAUAACAUGCAGAAGUUCGUCAUGGAGUUGGGGCAGCAGAUCUCCCAGCUGCAGCAGCAUAAGGAGAAGCAGGAGGCUGUGAUCAAGCAACUGCAAGAGGACAGCAGGGCGCUCCAGGAGGAGGGGGCACAGCAGAAGGCGCAGUUGGAGGAGGUGCAGAAGCACAGGAGCAGCUUGCAGGAGCAGAUCCAGGAGCAGAUCUACAGGCUGUCAGCACAGAUCUGGGACUUAUGGAGCAGCAGUUCCAGUGGGAGCACAGCGAUGCCCUCCGGUGCAGCCAUGGCCCUGAGCCUCUUUGUGACGCUGCUCACUGCAAAGUGGCUGCACUGAGCACAGCGACACAGACCCGGGUGGCCCCUGUCGGUGUGUGGGGCCAUGGAGAAACCAGGGGGAGAUGGUUUGCCAACUGCUGGCCAAGGGGUGAGAUGGGACAAGGCACAUUUGGGGGGACAGCGGUGCCACACGGUUCGGUGGGUCUAAGCCGAUUUCCAGUAAAACUUCAUGCAAAUCCAAA